AUGAAGGCCUGGUCCGUAUCCAUGUGCUUCUGCCUCGCCGUUGCCAUCCACCAAGCUUCGGCUAUCAGUGGAGUGUCGUCCGGUCCGACUGUUCUCAAGGUUGGAAGGAAAGAGAUGAAACUCGACCUUCCUGGAACCGUGGCCAAGGCCCAAGUACAAGCUUCUGUGCCCAGGACGCCGAAGACCUUCCGGAGUCCACUCGGAUGGAACAGCUGGAACCACUUCCAGUGCAAUAUCACAGAGGACAUAGUCAAGACCGCAGCGGACAGGCUCGUGUCAUCUGGGCUAGCCGCCCUUGGCUACGUCUACGUCAACAUAGAUGAUUGCUGGCAAGCUGACUCGAGAGAUUCUCAGGGUCGCCUGGUGGCAUCUCCGGUCUCCUUCCCUUCGGGCAUCAAGGCGCUAGCAGACUAUGUGCACAGCAAGGGGCUCAAGCUGGGGCUCUACUCCGAUUCCGGGAAGCGCACGUGUUCGGGCAAGCCAGGGUCGCUGGGGCACGAGGCGAUAGACGCCCUCACCUUCGCUGAAUGGGGAGUGGACUAUGUCAAAUACGACAGCUGCUACGACGAUGGAACUACCACCAAGAGAGGCCAAUCAGCCAUGCGCAAUGCGUUGGAUGCCGCUGGAAGAGACAUCUCGGUCUCCAUGUGUGAAGGGGGACAGGACAGCUCUGCUCUAUGGGCGUAUGGGCUGGCAGAUCCCUGGCGCACCACCCUCGGCACUGAUGACACGUGGAGGAGUGUGACUUGGGUUUCAGACACCAGCAACAAGUGGGCCAAAUACGCCGACCCUCGCAACUGGAAUGACUUGGACAUCCUUCAAGUGGCAAAGGGCGGCAUGGGAGAGACAGAGCACCAUGUGCACUUCAAUCUGUGGGCCAUCAUGAAGGCGCCACUCCUGGCGGCCUGCGCUCUCUCUGCUGAAUCGCAGCCAGCCAUGACCAUUCUCAGCACCAAUGAGGCCGUUUCCCUCAACCAAGAUUCAUUGGGAGUGCAAGCACAGGAGGUGCAACUAUCCAAGGCAUCCCCAGUGAAGGUCUGGGUGGGAUCUCUAUCUGAGGGUCGGAAAGUGGUGGCACUGGUGAACCGUGGUGGGACGAGCGAGAAUGUGUCCGUCAGUUGGAGAAAGCUCGGGCUGAAUCCUGAGCAGCAAAUGCACGCACGAGAUCUGUGGAAGGAAUCGGCCAUUGACUCUGCCGAUUCUGAAGACCUGACUGCCCAAGUUGCAAGCCAUGGUGUGCGAUUAUUUGUUCUCUGGCCCGCAACAGAUUCCAAUCUGAAACAAUAA